AUGCUUCGCAAUCCCCACCUCUUUCCAUACUUCAUAUUUGAUGCACAGCACCUCUCAAAGUUUGAUGGUAACACAUUUGUUUCUUUUGUUGAUGAGCCUUUCACUGUUUGCAACUCCCACCAGGUGCUUGCCUACUGGCAUAUAUACUGUACGCGGAUAAGACAAAACUCUCCUCCUUCGGUACCACAAAAGGUUAUCCAGUUUAGCAAACCUACCGACUGCAAUUCGAAACAGGCGAGGUGCAGGUGGUGGGUUAAGGACAAAAAAUUACACUCUGGAAAGCCCAGCUGGGUAGACUUCAAAAAUACUGUCUGGCACAAGUCAUUUGCCAGGAUUAUCUCUUCCUUAGCCUCAAAAUCGCAAACGGGGCAGUGGUUCAAAUGUCUAGACGGUGUCCAGCGCUGGUUCUUUCUCUGUAUCCUCAUUCUAUCAGCUGAUUUCGAAGAACAAUCUGUCAUGUCGCUUACUCAAGGAAUCAUGAGUCUUUGGCCAUGCCCUGUUUGUCUAGUUCCUCGAGAUGACCUGUGGGAUACUUCAAAAUCAUAUUGUUGGUGA